AUGAAAAGGGGUUUAUUUAUUUACAGCCACCCUGUUUACAAAGCAAGGAACUAUUUAGCCUGCCUUGACUACCAAGCACACAAGGAGAGAAAGGUGUUGACUGACAAGGAUGGAAAACCUAGACAGCACAGAAAGUACUCCAAAAGGGGGCAUAAGUACACGACCUUCGCUGUGAAAGAGAAGAAGACGUACACAUAUGUGCCGAACAUGAUUCAUAAAGUGGUACAGCAUUUUGCUGUAUGUGCCGAGCCACUGACGGCGCCGGUCAAGAUGUCGCCAACAGACCCAAGGAAGAAAAGGAAAACCUUGGGGUCUCCAGAUACCCCACCACCGACCAGCUCUCUGGCAAAGCAGUCAAGGUUUAAAUUGGAGCUGGAAUAAACAUUGCACAUUAACUUGUGUGUUACUGAAGAAUGAUUGUGAAGAUAAUGAUACUGAUUCUUUGCCAUUUGUCAGUGUAUAUUUGUUGUCAGUAAGUGUUAAUGGACAAUUUCAUUCUUUAGAUAUUAAUUGUUACCAACUUUCAUUUUAGUGUUGCCUGCUACAAAGUAGCUACAUAUAUAGGGAUCACUUCUCAAUCAUCUUUCUAUCUGUCUUUCACACUUUUGUCCCAACCAUAUCUCUUAAGUAUUGAUGGCAUCAAUGUUAAUCUUGAUACAGAAAUAGAGCUCUUUGAGAAGUGCAUUGAAAAAGAACCAUAACUCUGGGAUUUCCCACUUUUAAAUUAUUUCUUUUGUUCAAAAACCUUGUCCACACAAUAACUUUAAAAGCUGGUCACUUCUUAAAAUGAUAAAACUAAUUUAGAGGAGGUGCAAUGACAAAGAACUAUAACUCUAGUAGGUCUUAUAUUUGAAUUACCUCCCUUUUCCUAAACCCUGUCCAGACGGUUACUCUAAAAGUAUAAAAGGUUGGAGUGUGUAACUUUGUAAAAUGAUUAAGCAAAUUGGGGAAAAAAAAGGAGUUAUAAGGAACCAUAACUCUACUUUUUGUAUUAUUUCCCUUUUAAAAAAAGCUGUAUUUUUUAAUUGCCUCUAAUCAGGCAACUGACACGAUUACUUAUCACCCUUUUUGCUUCAACAUGUUUGUUAUGUAUACGAAUACUUUAUAUAAUGUAAAGUAUUUUAAUACAGUUAUUGAGCAUUUAUUAUUUCAUUAACAUAACAAGAUCACACGAAAAAUGCCUGGAGAUGACUUGCUUGGGAUGUCAGUAUCGGAUCACUUAUGAAAGCGACCCUGAAUUUAGUUUUUGGGCACAUACAAAAUAACAUGCAUAACAGAUGGAAAACAGUAAGCAUUUUAAAGCAAUGGUUUAUCCUCUGAAGGCAUUUCUUGUGUGACAUUGUUUUAUAAACAUUGAUUGAUGUUGUCAGAUGAAGAUCUUGCAUGGAUGGGGAUUUGGGUCGCUUGUUACAUGUUGACGAUGUAAGCUUAACAAAUACUGUCUUUGGGACAGUACCACUUUAAGAGGUCACAAUGUUGCAUGGAUUUCCUUCAAACUUUGUCACAAUGAUAAACUAAGUAAAAGAAAAGUCCAGGUCCUAUCUAAGUAGUGACCUUUAAAACUAGGUCACAAGGUCAAAUCAUAGAAAAACUGAACUACACUGAAGGCCUCAAAUGUAGGUCAAGUUCCAAUAUAACAUUGAAGUUGUAAGGUCCAAUCAUAGAAUCUCUUGUAACAAUCCGUGUUCAAAAUGCUUUGCCCAGCUUUUUAGAU